AUGCGCGCGGAAUCGAAUACGCACGAACGAGCGAACGAGCGCCGAGUCGAAUAUGCCCUCCGGGCCCAUCCCCGAGUGAAAGACCCGAGCGACGGACGCAUCGCGAUCCUGCUGGGCGUCCUUUGCCUCUCUCUAGUCAGUGCCGACAUCAAGUUCCAGUCGACGGUCGAGGAAGACGCCAAGAACUUUUGUGGGGGCUCAUUGAAAGGCGGGGCAACGCACGCCGUCGUGACCAUCACGUGCGAGAGCGCCUCGGCUAACAAGGACAAUGAAAAUAAGACUAAGGACGGGUGCUUAGCUCAAGCAGGAGGGAAAAUCCCCAUCAAAAUCUCCUUCACUCCAGAAUUCGACAGCAAGAAGGUGCGCCAGCGGGCAGUGGCCCCGGUGUUCGGCGGCCUGAGCCGACUGCCCGGUCUCAAGGAGGUCAUCUGCGACGAGAGCGUCGGGAAGCUCUGCUCCACCAAGGGGAAGCGGCAGACGCUCAAGACGGAUCUCAAGAUCCCUCCGCUCAUCCCCACCACGGUGGACACGACAGCGCGAUACGAGCUGUACAACGAGAGGGACGAGAUGUUGGUCUGCUUCGCCAUUCCCAUCAAAAUCCCGCCGGGUUUCGGACGAUAAGCCGCGAAACAUUUAUAAAAUUGCCCUCAACAUUUAUCGACAUUUAUAGCAGCCCAGCUGCCGGGAAUAAAUGCGACUUUGUUUUUACUGCUUUACGUCCAAUGGGAAAUUUGGGAAAGUGUUUGUUUUUAUGACUUCUGAAAUUUAUGCAUUUGGGUGUGGGUAGAUAUAAAAUAAAGACGAUAUCCUUA